AUGGCGGCGCAGGAGCAGGAGCACGAGAAGCAGCAGGCGAAGACGAGCACCACGAGCUCGCUCCCCUCCAGCAGCGAGCGCUCCUCCAGCUCCGCCCCCAACAACCUCAGGGAAGGAGGGGUGGAGAGCGACGAGGAGAUACGGCGGGUGCCGGAGAUGGGCGGCGCGUCGGCGUCGGCCUCGUCGGGCGCGGGCGCGGACGAGCGCCCCAAGGAGGACGGCGAGCAGGGGGGGCAGCUGGCGGCGGCCACGGGGGCGCAGCCUCCGGCGGCCGGGAAGAAGCGCGGCCGCACCGCGGGGGACAAGGAGCAGAACCGGCUGAAGCGCCUGCUUCGGAACCGCGUGUCCGCGCAGCAGGCGCGGGAGCGGAAGAAGGCGUACCUGACGGAGCUGGAGGCCAAGGCCAAGGACCUGGAGCUCCGCAAUGCCGAGCUCGAGCAGCGGGUGUCCACGCUCCAGAACGAGAACAACACGCUCCGCCAGAUUCUGAAGAACACGACGGCGCACGCGAGCAAGAGGAGCAGUGGCGGCGGCGGUGGCGGCAAGGGCGGAGACGGCGGCAAGAAGCACCACUUCACCAAGAGCUGA